CGCUUCCCUCCCUUAUGAGUUUGGUGAGGAUGCGCAAACCGGAGAGCCCAACAUACGUUUAUCAGGAUGGACGUAACGGGAAAACGGCAUAAAGGAUCUGAGCUACAUCUGCCCAGACGUCUGCGAUGUGCUUCAAUGUGUGUUUGUUAGAAACAAGCUGAAGAUGCAGGGGGCCAUUGCACGAGUGUGUAUGGUGGUGACUGCUGCCAUAUUAAACCACCCCUUGCUCUUUCCCCAAGAGAACACCACACCUCCAGAGCAGGAAGAUGAGGUGAUCGCUCGAAUGCGGGAGCACCAGGAGAGGCUGGAACUGGAACAGGCAAGGCUGGAGAAUGAGCUUUCACAGUUGGACUCAAAGCAGGAAGAACAAUCCAGCUCAGAGGAAGGAUACAGUUGGUACUUGUGGAGCACCGUGUCUUUCGUCAUUUUCUUCACGAUUGAGAUGUGCAGGGUGAAUCUUUCUGACACAGAAAUACGUCCGGUUGAGGAUGAAGACCUAUUAUCAGAGAGUGGUGCCAUCACCCCCAGGACGAUGGUGCUGGAUAAGGUUGUCCUGAGCAACUUCUGCGACAAAUCCAACUACACUUCGUCUCAUGAAAACUGGAGAGUGAGGGAAUUCGUCGAGGGUUUUACCGAUGACUUGCUUGAGUCGCUCAGGAGUGUCUGUGACGGGGAGGCAGACAUGGAAGUUGGGGACUUUGUCGGGAUUGGAAGCAUGUUUGAGUCUUGGAAGGUGUGCAAGCCACUGACGUGCGACCUUAUAGUGCCUUUCUCACCUCCAGAUCCGUACUCCUUCCAGUUUGACUUGUGGUGCAGCCCCUCCUGUGACAUGCCUCCAGACAUGCAGGGCUGUGGUAAGAUAAAAGUGGACGGCUUUCGGGAGGACAAGGAGGGAUGUCUAUGUGGCUCUGCUAACCUGGGGGAGGACAUGCUCUGUCUGUUGCAUGGGGGGGAAGACACAGUCCAAGUGGAACAUAGUCCUGAGGAACUGCUGUGCUCCAGGAACACUCAUUUGUUAACCAAAGAUCAAGUCAUGAAGUGGUUUCAGAUCUCUUUAACCAAAGCGUGGGGCCGCAUCUCUCACAAAUACGACUUUGAGGUUACAUUUGGCCACCUGGAUGCAGCCGGUGCACUCAAGAUCCGAUUCCGUUCGUGGAAAGUCAUCGUAAUGAACAUUAUACCCGUUGUUCAGCUGGAAGGUACGGAUGCUUAUUUUGUCCCACACUUUCCAUCAGAUUAUGCCAGCUCUCCCGACCCUUACUGGACCCUCUCGCUUGCUGUCUACGAGAGGAGAUUGCUGAAACAUUUUGCUCAACGCCUUCCACAAAACUCCUGUCAUUUACACUGCCUUCAGAUUGUGACUUUUCUACACAGAAAGCAAACGGUACUCACGGGGAAAAGUGCCCUCACUAACUACCACCUCAAGACUGCCCUGUUGCACUUGUUGCUGAGUAAAAGGCCCUCUGCGUGGGGCAUUGAGGACACUGAGCAAAGGCUUCGGGAUGUGCUCAGCUUCUUGCAGAGGAGCCUACAUGAGAAGAGACUUCAUCACGCUCUGAUUGGGAACAGUCAAGUGCCGGAAGAAGUGCAGCUGCCUGAGGUUCUUAGCAAAGCAGAGCCCAUCAAUCUGUUCCGUUCUUUAUUUUUGCAGAGGGAGCUUUAUGCCGCAACAGUCAGGCAUUUCAAAGAGAUGUUGAGAAAUGCACCUGUGCUCAUACAGGAGUUCACACCGCCCUUAUCAAAUGGAGGUUUACACCACAGGCUAGAGGAAAGUUUGUGAGCUUAGGCCAGGGUUUCUUCAAAACUAAACCACCAACUGAUCUUUAAAUAUCAUUUCAAUGUUACUAAGAACAAUGUUAUAAAUAGUUACACCAGACGAGUACACAAAUGAAAAGGUGGACAUACACCAGUUCUCUUGAAAUCAUGUGGUGACUUGAGCUGUUGCCUUGUUAAAUUAAGUCUGCAGGAUCGCUUCUGAAGCUUAAAGGUGGUAGGGCUGCACAAUUAUUCGAAAUUAUAUCAAAAUGCAAAGUAUAGACGAGUGCAAUAUUCAAAUUGCAGGAAGCACAGUAUUUUUCUAAAUACGUGUUGGUAUACAACUUUGAAUAAAGUAUUGUGCAGCUGUAAGAGAUAUCCCAGCCAACAAAUCCUACUCUACAGUCUUACCAAAACAUUGUUAGGUAUGGAUCGUCUAUACAAUCAAUAUACUUUCCAAUGAAUAUUGAUAACUAUGAUUUAAAAAUAACAAUUCCUCCAAUUUUUUUAAUCAUAUCGCAAUUGCAAUAUCAGUCAGUUGUUAUUUUUUACAAAUCAUGCAGCCCCACUUAAUUCAUAUUGCUUGUUUUACAGAUGUAACCUGGAUGAGAGAUUUUCAGUAGAUAUCCCUCUGCUUUAAAUUAUCAUCAUUUAACAAAAAAUACCCAAAUAGCUGUUUUUGUUGGGGUAACAUUUUACAGAAAUACCUCUGAUAAUAUGCCGGUCUAACCAGGGAAUCUUUUUCCUAACAGUAAAGCUGUUUUUUUUUCAUUUAUAUCAAUUUCAAUCUCAUGGCAGCUAUUACAUUUUGUGAUGUUCAAUGUUUUUUUAUUGUUUAUUAUAAAAGCAAAGUUUGUUA